AUGACUGAUUCACCUCUUGAAUGCUUCUUCAUUGAGCUUGUUGAUGGAAGUCCAUGUAGUUUGGCAUCAGUCUUUGGAUGUCCAAGAAAGAAGAGGAGGUAUCAGAACCAGAUAAACCUCAGCUUUGGAACAGAAGAGACAGAGAUACUCGGAUCAGGUGGCUUCGGAGUAGUCUACAAAGGUCAGCUUCCCGAUGGACAGAAGGUGGCAGUCAAGGUCCUCCAUGGAUUGACCUUGGACAAGAGAGCCGACGAGCAGUUAUGGCUCUAUCGGUUCUGCUUUGACAACUUUGUGAAAGCACUAGUUUAUGAGUUCAUGGAGAAUGGGUCGCUUGAUCUCUAUCUUCUUCAUCAGAACAACAGGACCGACUGGGGAAGGCUACGAGAGAAUGCAAUUGGGAUAGCCAAGGGAAUCAGACACCUGCAUGAGUAG